AUGGUCUCCUUUCUACUUACCGCCAUGGCACUGGCCAGCACUGCCUUUGCACUGCCGCCUGUUGUCCGCGACUUUGGCCCGCCUACGACUGAUGGAUUUCCCAACCCGAACCCGCAGCAGCUCCUUGCCAUCGAGCAACGCGCGGACGGCAUGGCACCAAAUGGGCCCCUGCCAAGUAAGGUUGCCAGCAGCACGAUCACCGCUUUGCAGCUCAUUGCAUUCAAUGAGAACUUUGAGGUUGCCUUUUUCUCGUCCUUGUUGGGAAAUAUCACGAGCAAGGUACCCGGAUACGAGGACAAGGAUGGGUCCAUGGCUAAGAUCAUUGAUACCAUUUUAGCGCAAGAGGAACUUCACGCUCUUGGCGUCAUCCAGGUCCUCCAGCACUACAAUCAAUUUGCACCUAUGCCAUGCCGCUACCAGUUUCCCGUCACCAACAUCGACGAUGCCAUCCAGCUUGCUGAAACCUUCACCGCUGUCGUGCUUGGCACUCUCCAGGAUGCGGUCCAAGGGUUCGCUAAGGGUGGUGACGAUGCAUUUGUUCGCCUCUUCGCCUCGGUCAUUGGUCAGGAGGGCGAACAGAACGGUUUCUACCGUUUUCUCGGUGGCGCCAAACCCAGCGAGUCGCCCUUCUUGACAACUAGCGUCGCUUCUUUCGCCUGGACCGCUCUACAGCAGUUCGUUGUCCCCGGAAGCUGCCCAUUCGACCUGAAUGCCAUCCCGAUUCCCCUGCACGCUCCUCUGAUGCUACAAAACGCCAAGGUUGAGGCGAAGGACCAGGUCCUGACCUUCACGGCAGAUCUAAGCAACGUCCAGGCCGCCCAGGCCUACGUCGGCAAGACAACAUGCCAGCUCUUUAUCACCUACUUCAACGGGCAGCUGCUUCCUAUCAGCGUUCCCAUUUCCAACAUUCGCUGGAAUGGUGGUCUGAUGACCUUUGACGCUCCGUUCCCUUUUACCGAGAACAUCAUGGAAGGCCUUAGCAUCGCGGCCCUGACCUCUGGAAAUAACUUUGCGGGUCCUGAUGACGUCCCUGCCCAGACAUGGGCAGCACCUGCUCUGAUCCAGGUCGUUGACAAGUACUAG